ACAGAAUACAAGCAAUAAAUUUGAUUUAGAUAUUUAUUUACUAUAAAACGAGAAUAUCAUGUUCGUAGAUGUUAUAAUAAUAGUUAAACGUUAAUUAUACUAAUACAGUCCCUUAGAAUAGGGUUUGAAGUUUUGUAUUCGACAAUUCAUAUUUUGCUUAGGAAACAAAGAUUGGUGCAUUUAUGAGUAGUAUACAUUGCAUUAACGUAACCUGAAUCAGAACCUCGUUAAGAAAUCUUGUCAAUCGAAUUGCACAAUAGAUGGUACGUAGUCUUAGAUCCGAUUUAAAAAUUACAAUAUUAACUAUAGCUAAGAAGCAUAUAUUCUGAAGCUUAUAUGUACAGGUAUAUAUCUUGUGGAGCUCUGUAUGCGUAUUAUACACAUAUAAGAGAAUUAUGAUGAGCAUGCCGUAGAACUCCAUUAAUUAUCUAUUUGUUUAUUAAGGGAUAUAUUAUUUUUUAUUAGAAAACAAGACAGCGUGAGGUGGAGAACAUGCAUGCAAGAUCAAAUUGAAGUCAUAUAUAUUUACGUAACAAGUUUACUUGAAACCCAUGCAAGUCCCAUGCACUCAAACCCUUCUAUAUAAACCCCUCCAAGUUCAUCAUCCAGUCAUAAUCAAAUUAGCCAUUACACAAACUACAAAGUCUCUCAACCAUGGCAAUUCCAAAAGCUCACUACUCUCUAGCCAUCCUUGUCAUUCUCUUUGUCGUUUCAAAUAGCCAAAAUGCCUGCAAUCCAGAAUGCAAGGCUAAAGAACCCUUCAACUGCGAUAAUUCUCUUACCUUCAACCGAACUGGAUUUCCAAAGAACUUUACUUUCGGUGCGGCUACUUCCGCCUACCAGAUCGAGGGUGCUGCACAUAGAGCCCUUAAUGGAUGGGACUACUACACUCAUAGAUAUCCAGAAAGGGUUCCAGAUCGCAGCUCCGGAGACGUUGCUUGUGAUUCCUAUGACCUUUACAAGGAGGAUGUCAAGUUACUGAAAAGAUUGAAAGUUCAAGCAUACCGACUCUCCAUAGCCUGGUCAAGGGUCUUACCAAAGGGAAGACUGACUGGAGGAGUGGACGAGAACGGGAUAACAUACUACAACAAUCUCAUUAACGAGUUAAAAGCUAAUGGCAUAGAGCCAUUUGUGACUAUAUUUCAUUGGGAUGUUCCCCAAACUCUAGAAGACGAGUACGGAGGCUUCUUAAGCCCACGUAUAGUAGAGGACUUCAAGAACUAUGCGGAGCUUCUAUUCCAAAGAUUCGGAGACAGAGUCAAGUUUUGGAUCACUCUAAACCAGCCUUACUCUCUCUCAUCCAAAGGUUAUGGAGAUGGAUCAUAUCCACCGGGAAGGUGCACUGGCUGUGAAUUUGGAGGUGAUUCAGGAACCGAACCUUAUAUAGUCACGCAUCACCAACUUCUAGCCCAUGCAGAAGCGGUAUCUCUAUACCGAAAAAGAUAUCAGAAAUUUCAAGGUGGUAAGAUAGGAACGACCUUGAUCGGGAGAUGGUUUGCCCCGCUAAACGAAACUAGCGAUCUAGACCAGGCUGCUGCAAAACGAGCAUUCCAAUUCUUCGUUGGAUGGUUCUUGGAUCCAUUGGUGUACGGAGAAUAUCCAAGGAUAAUGAGAGAACUCGUUGGAGACAGAUUGCUAAAUUCACACCUCAAGAAUCAGAUUUAG